CGUUUAGGCCAUGAACACUUCCGGUUCCCCUACCUCGUAAAAGCGUGUUCGACUUUGGGCUGAAUGACGUGAAAUUACUCCGUGACGAAAAUAUUUAAAAAAAACGAGAAAAUGCUGCUAAUAUCUAAUCGUGUUAAGUUAUGUUCGCUGGCGUUCACUGCCGCUCGGAUGUACAGCAGCGGGCCGGCGGUUGCCAACAACAACCCGACAGUUUUCUUCGACAUUUCGGCGGACAACGAGACACUCGGCCGGGUCACCUUUGAGCUUAACGCGGAAGUGGUGCCGAAAACUGCAGAAAACUUCCGAGCCCUGUGCACGGGGGAGCAUGGAUUUGGAUUCAAGGGAUCCAUUUUCCACCGGGUCAUCCCUCAGUUUAUGUGCCAGGGUGGAGAUUUCACAAACCACAACGGGACCGGCGGGAAGUCCAUUUACGGAUGGAAGUUUCCGGAUGAGAACUUCAAACUGAAGCACACUGGACCUGGAAUCCUCUCAAUGGCCAAUGCUGGACCUAACACUAAUGGAUCCCAGUUCUUCAUCUGCACCGCUAAAACUGAAUGGCUGGACGGCAGACAUGUUGUCUUCGGCAGCGUGAAAGAGGGAUUGGACGUGGUGAAAAAAGUGGAGUCCUUCGGCUCUCGCUCGGGCCGCACCUCAAAGAAGAUCACCAUCACCGACUGCGGCGAACUCAAGUAGAAAACUCCCGUGGUUUUCUUUCCUGCCAUUUGGUGUCCUGCUGGGCUGCAUUAAGUAAGGAAACAACUCAAUGCUGCAUUAAGUAAGUAAACCACUAAAUGUUGCAUUAAGUCAGGAAAUAACUAAAUGUGCUGCAUUGAGUCAGGAAAUAACUAAAUGUGCUGCAUUGAGUCAGGAAAUAACUAAAUGUGCUGCGUUAAGCCAGGAAACGACUAUACACUUGACAUGAAAUGUGAAACAUGAGCCACUGUCUUCAUUGGGGGGAAAAAAACAUUUAUUUGGAAACAAUAAAGUUGUUUUUUUUUACAACAGCAAA